AUGGCUACAGUGUCCGGAGGCGCUAACCUCGGGGUUCCCGGGACAAGCCAAGCCAGCUCCGGAGUAUUCGCACACCGGAAGAAAGACAGCAGUCCGUCCGCUAGGUUCUGGGAGAGUCCGGAUACUUUAGCCCAGCUGGAUGUGGUGCGGCAAUGGAUGGGGAAGCACUACAAAAAGUAUGUGUUGGUGGAUGCCCCGUCUUGUCAGGCUCUGGCUGCAGUCACUCUACAACUUCUCCAGUUCCAAGAGGAUGCCUUUGGUCGACAAGCUACCAGUCCUGCACUCACCAAACUACCCGCACAGUGCUACCUGGACUUGCGACCUGGGGGUGGACUCUGUCACAUUCUUGGCACUGCUUACAAGUUCAAAGUGGAACAGGGCUGGCGAAGGUUUGACCUGCAGAACCCAUCAAGGACCGAGAGGAAUGUGGAAAUGUUUGGUACAAUUGAAAAAGCACUGAUCCAGAACAACUGUAUGUCACUGCCUGUGGUAUAUCUGGACCCUACACUUGAUCAGGAGCUGGCUAGCAGACUGACCGGCAUCAUCACCAAACACCAGGGCACUCUCACCGAGGACAGAACGCUCGCCAGUCAUCACAUCUAUUCCUCACCUCCUUCUACAGAAGAGGAUGAGUGGAUGCGUCCUGUCUUGCGGAAAGACAAGCAUGUGCUGGUACAUUGGGGAAUGCACCCUGAUAGUUACGAUACUUGGCUGUCCUCAAGUGAUGUUGAACGAGACGUUGAAGAAAUUCCACAUUCAGAAAGGCCAUGGAGGGUCCAUGCUGGUUGGGUUCUGGACACGGAUGUUUUCAAUGAGUGGAUGAAUGAGGAAGACUAUUGUGUGGAUGAGAGGAAUCUACCUGUCAUCCUCCGUCAACGUAUUCACCUCCAAGAUGACCAGGACUCAAAGUCCACCCCCUCCAAAAAGAGAAGACGCUCCCCUUCUCCUCCCUCCUCUGAAGGCAGGAAGAAAGGAAAGAAGGGGAGAAGGCGUGGACAGCCAGAGGAAGAGCAGGAAGAGGACCUGACCAAAGACAUGGAGGACCCAACUCCUGUGCCAAACAUGGAAGAGGUCGUAUUACCCAAGAAUGUCAAUUUGAAGAAAGACAGUGAAAACACUCCUGUGAAAGGAGGGACCAUGGCUGACCUAGAUGAACAAGAAGAUGAUUUCCCAGGAAGGGAAGAUGAGGAGGGACGAGGAGAAAACCCACGCCUGUCAGAAGGAGAGGACAAUAUCACAGAACAAACCCAUCAUAUUAUAAUACCAAGUUAUACAUCUUGGUUCAAUUACAACAGCAUUCACUCAAUAGAAAAACGCGCACUUCCUGAAUUCUUCAAUGGAAAGAACAAGUCAAAAUCUCCUGAAAUCUACCUGGCAUAUCGUAACUUCAUGAUCGACACAUACCGGCUCAACCCCCAGGAAUACCUCAGUUCAACGUCCUGUAGACGCAACCUCACUGGAGACGUUUGUGCUGUUAUGAGGGUUCAUGCAUUUUUGGAGCAGUGGGGUUUGAUUAACUACCAAGUGGAUGCAGAGAGCAGACCCCUCCCCAUGGGACCUCCACCCACCCCCCAUUUCAAUGUGCUGGCUGACACACCAUCUGGGCUGGCUCCCCUACAACACAAACCCCUGCAGGUGUCAGCCUCACAGCACAUGUUGUAUUUCCCAGAAAAGAGCAGAGAGAAACCUUCAGACUGCCAGAACUUCGGUCUGCGCACUGACAUCUACGCGAAGAAACACCCCAAGACUAAAGGAGCAAGUGCAGGAAGGGAAUGGACAGAGCAGGAGACACUCUUGCUUUUGGAGGCCUUAGAGGUUUACAGAGACGACUGGAACAAAGUAUCAGAGCAUGUGGGCUCCAGAACGCAGGACGAAUGUAUUCUCCACUUCCUUCGUCUGCCGAUAGAAGAUCCUUACCUGGAAGACUCUUCUGCCUCUCUGGGGCCGCUGGCCUAUCAGCCUGUGCCUUUUAGCCAAUCAGAGAACCCUGUUAUGAGCACUGUGGCCUUCUUGGCGUCUGUGGUGGAUCCACGUGUGGCAUCGGCUGCAGCUAAGGCUGCACUGGAGGAGUUUUCCCGAGUGCAAGAGGAAUCGGUAGAUAAGGCAUCUGAUUUGUCUAACCAGCCAGAAAAAACAGAAUCAAUGGAUGCAGAAAAACUGGAGACAAAUUCCAACCCCCAUCAGGUCUCCGUAAGGGCCGAUGGGUUGAAGGUGGAACCCAGUGGGCCAAAUGUGGAGGGAGAACGAGUCAAAAGAGAACAUGCUGAAAAUAUACUUGCUGAUGACAGAGAUGGACGGGGAGAUGACGAUGAGAGCAUAGGCCGGCGAGAGGGAGAUGGAGAUGAGGGUAGAAGAGGGAUGGAGCUGGAGCUGGUGGAGGGCAGCGUUGCCACGGCAGCAGCUUCUGCUCUGGCCUCAGCUGCCACAAAGGCCAAGCACUUGGCGGCAGUAGAAGAGAGGAAGAUCAAAUCCUUGGUGGCUCUGCUGGUAGAGACCCAGAUGAAGAAGUUGGAGAUCAAGCUGAGACAUUUUGAAGAGCUGGAGACCAUCAUGGACCGCGAGAAAGAGGCGUUGGAGCAGCAGCGGCAACAGCUCUUGUCAGAGAGACAGACUUUUCAUACUGAGCAGCUAAAGCAGGCGGAGAUGAAGGUUCGCCAGCAGAGGGAGCAGCAAGGGCAGCCAGGUUACACAAUGCAGCAUUCAGGCCAGUCCAUGCCCAACCGGAUGAUGCCAGGUGGAGGAAAUGCCCAGACGAUGGCCCCGCGGCACCCUGGAGCUCCCAAUGGCAUGUACCCAUCCUCACAGUCCGAUGGCAUAGCAACGGCUCAGACUGGUCCUCCACCAUCCAGUCACAGCUGAACUGACCAGAAAAACACAACUAAAUGUUCAGGAACAACCGCUUAAAAAUGAAGUCUGUAACUCUUCGGUAGCCCCAGGUUUUUAGACUGAAAGCUUCACAAGCACAUGCAGCUGAUGUGUAUUUGGUCAACAGCUCAGUCCGUCUUAUGUCUGUGAAUUAUUUGUUCUCUGGCGUCAGAGUUGAGAAAUCUGAAGAUUGAACUCGACUCAUUAAAGUUGCUUUUUUUAAAUCAAAAUAAA